AUGUCUGUACCAACCUUCAUUGCCAGUACAGCCACCACUGCGACGCCUAGUCCAUCUAUGGUCUGCCACCCGUAUUGGCCCAAAUAUGAUAUGCACAACUACCCUCCGUUACCGGCAUGGAUGAUCAUCUGGAUCGUUUUCGGCGUGGCUGUUGUUCAAAUCGCCCUGGGGCUCCUCGUUGAGUACUUAACAGCCAGGGGCAUCCUAGAGAGGUUGAGAAAUGGACCAUACUACGAGCUAGAUGAAAGAAUUCGUAAGGAAGCAGUAGCUAUUUGGUUAGAGCCAGCGCGGCCAGGAGAUCGCGAAUAUGGAGACAUCAGGAUAUGUUGCUGCCAAUAUUUUCUCGCAGCUGGUACCCUUAAAGGAACGGUGUUGUGA